UGAUAAGACAACAACUGGCAACUGCGCCAAAAAAAGCCUUCAUUCAAUUCAAUUGAACUCUCCUUUCUUCCAAAACGCUUCACAAUCACAACAACUUCCUGAAUUUUGUUGUUGUUGAUCUUCUACAAUCAGGCUGCUAGCGAUGUCGAUGAUUAUGAUCGGUCGGAGGAAGAUUUCGCCGGGGAGCGCUUGGGCCGCCGGUCGCCGGUUACUCUCUCCGUUCGCCUCUCAAGGGUCCUUUCCUUCCCUGUUUCAGUUGCCGUUGGAACAGACGCCCAAAUCGAUUCCGGAGCCUUCUCCUCCGCUUGCAUGCUCUAGAUUCAGUACAACAUGGCUUCAAUCACCUGCUAAUCGCUUCGAGGCGAAUAGAAGAGGCGUUUCGAAGAUAUGUGGCUUUUCUAGUCAGGCAUUGGACGGUCUUCCAGUUUUUAGAUUGGUAGAUGUACCGUUGGCUCAAACUGGUGAAGGCAUUGCUGAAUGCGAGCUUCUAAAAUGGUUUGUGAAGGAGGGAGAUUUAGUUGAAGCGUUUCAACCACUUUGUGAAGUUCAGAGUGACAAAGCAACAAUUGAAAUAACUAGUCGCUACAAAGGAAAAGUUGGUCAGCUUCUCUAUGUUCCGGGUGAUAUCGUGAAGGUUGGAGAAACUCUUUUGAAAGUGGGUGUUGAUGAUUUCGAGGAUGGAACCCAGGUUUCAGGGCCAACUGAAGGGCAUUUGGCAAAUCCUGAAUUAACAAUAGACAUCCAACUGGACAAAAACAAAUGUGGUGGAGUUCUGUCCACCCCAGCUGUCCGGGAUCUUGCAAAACAAUAUGCUAUAGAUAUAAAUGAUGUCCGUGGAACUGGUACAGAUGGGAGGGUAUUAAAAGAAGAUAUUCUUCAGUAUGCUGUCGAGAAAGGAAUUCUUGAAGAACAGCAUGUUUCUUCUGCUGCUAGUCCUAGAGAGCAAUUUGAUGGAUCAGAGUCUCGCACUCAUGCACCAGAUGAAGUUAGGUGGAGCUACGAGGAUAAGAAAGUUCAAUUGAGAGGGUUCCAACGAGCAAUGGUUAAAUCUAUGACCAUUGCUGCAAAAGUUCCCCAUUUUCACUAUGUAGAGGAGAUCAAUUGUGAUGGACUUCUGGAACUUAAAGCAUCUUUCCAAGGAAAUACUCCUGAACCAGAUGUCAAGCACACUUCUCUUCCAUUAUUGAUAAAGUCGCUUUCUAUGGCAAUGAACAAAUAUCCAAUGCUCAAUAGUUGCUUCAACGAAGAGUCAUAUGAGGUCACUCUCAAAGGCUCCCAUAAUAUUGGAAUUGCGAUGGCUACUCCACAUGGUUUGGUUGUGCCAAAUAUAAAGAAUGUUCAGUCCCUUUCUGUAAUGGAGAUCACAAAGGAACUUUCACGUUUACAACAACUGGCACUGGAUAACAAGCUUGGUCCUGGGGACAUAUCCGGCGGCACAAUAACCUUAAGCAACAUAGGAGCCAUCGGUGGAAAAUUUGGUUCCCCUUUGCUCAACUUACCCGAAGUAGCUAUCAUCGCAAUCGGUCGAAUCAAGAAGAUUCCACAGAUUUCCGAUGAUGGGGACGUCUACCCCGCAUCGAUCAUGACAGUAAACAUUGGUGCAGACCAUAGAGUUCUGGAUGGAGCAACAGUGGCCAGAUUUUGCAACGAGUGGAAACGAUUCGUUGAAAAUCCAGAGCUUCUCAUCUUGAACAUGAGAUGAGAGGAUGAUGUUCAGGUUUAGGAACCGGCAAGUCGUAAGAUUAUCAAUUUUCCUUGGUAUGUAACGAAUUGACAGGGGCGGUUCCAUACCCAAGCGCAAAGAUGCUUCACUCGGUUCUUUCCUUGUGCUUUUAUAUGCGCUCUGUGACUGUCUGUUGCUGGGAUUUAUCGAUGUGGGACUUGGACAUGGGCCAUGGGCUAACAACCACUCUAAAAUCUAAAUGAUUUCUCUCCAUAUUUUUCUUUAUGUUAUUAAUUACAAAAUAUAAAAGUAUUUUUUACGAUCAA